CGACUUCUCAAUUUGCACCAGACAUCUCAGGCUCCUCUUCUGCUAACCUCAGCGGCUGAUUGCGGGAAGCAGGAGGCCAUUUUAGCGUGGGAUCCCAUUGCAGGGAAUCAAGUCGCCAGCUUCAGUGGCUUUGCUGCAGCUUCUGGGACACUCACUACCUCGAACGGCAUCGUCUUUAGUGCCGUAUGCAGGAAACCCAUUAUCCAGUCAUGGUCUCUUCAAUCAAGCGCCUCCUUUAAGCGUCUUACAACCAAGGGUGUUGUUAAUGCUCUCGCCUUCUCUCAUGACGGAUUCUUUAUGUUCCUGGCCAUCGAGAAGAGCAUUUAUGUUUAUCAGGUGUGUAGCGGGUGUCUGAUAGCUGUACUGGAGGCGAGCCACAUGGCGCCCAUCGGUUCUCUAGUUGUGUCUCAGCGACAAGCUGGGCUACCCUUGCCCCUCCUCCUAUCUGCGGAUACCUCCGGCCUUGUUGCUUGCUGGCUAGCUUUGGUCUCCAGUGGCGAAAGCUUUGCCAUCGGUUCGCGCGACUCUACAAACAUUAGUAACGAGCCGGAAUCGGACAACAAACACAAACCUCUCUGCGUCCUGGAAGAGAGUCGUCCAAUACGGUGCCUAUGCGUGCUGCCUCAAGAUGACCGAUUUAUCUUUGCCGGAACAGAUAAUGGGGUUCUACACUCCAUUUGGUUACGCGAUCCAAAAAAACCGUCUGCUUGUGAAGUCGCCUUCCGAAGAUGUUUUGUGGACGUUGAACUCCCAUCAACCGAAAAGGCUAUCUGUCAUGCCUGUGCCAGCCCUGUGGACUCAGGCUUGUCUUUGCUCGCCGUGAGCACCCUUUCGGGUUUGGUGGAAAUUCUCCGUCAGGAUGCCUGUCUCGUGCGCUUGCAGAGCUUCUCUGUGGUUCCGCCCUUAUCCGGCAAUUCAGGCUCACCACGCAUCACCGGCCUUCUCAUGGUCACCCGCCCCUCUUGGUUGUUGGAGAGCCAGACGGCAUUGAGCUCAUCCGCUAAACCGGACGCCAGCGGUUCUUUGGAGUCCCUGCGUCCAGCCAAGCGUCACUUGGGCUGGCAUGUGGAAGAUCUGCUAUACCUUCAAUUGCCCAAUCUAAAACGCGAUCGCAUAUCGGACGACUAUUUGGGAGACAUAUACCAGGAUGAAUUCUUUCUAACUACGCCCAGUCGCUCUUUUGCUCUGCCCAUUGAUACUGUUAGAAAAUGUACAGCCAGCACAUCCAACACUUCUGCUGAGGUGAGCACAUUAAGGAGGGAGAAGGAAGCCCUGGAAAGGCGAAAUGGGGAACUUAUGCGCAUCUUGGUUGCAAACUGCUUGCACUACUAG